GGCCGAGAACGGCGACCCGGUCAGCGAUGAGGAGUUGCGCGAGGAUCACGAUCCGACGUCGUCGUCUGCUCAGGGGAGCGGCUUGCGGCGGAAAGUGCAGGAGUCGGAUGCGCUGGCAGCGGAUCUCGAGUCGCCACUCGUGCGCAGGGGCAACAAGGCCCGGAGGAGAGGGGGGUCUUCAGGCAGGCAGUGGUACAACAACGCCCCGAACAAUUUGGAUGAACUCCAGGACUGGUGCGUGACGAACUUGAACUCCAUGAGCCUGCACUCCCUCGGCAGCACAGAGGAUUACGUCGCGAACUUGAAGUUCUCGCUGCAAGAGAGGCUCGUGAUCACCGAGGUGUACGCGGGGUCAGGUAAUGCAGCCAGCGCCGCGGCCUUCCUCUACGGGCGCUGCUCCGAGGUUUUCCUACAUGGCGUCGACUACACCCCUAACCUGAUCGUGCACAGCGCUACGGACAUCAACCCGUUGAGCCGCAAGGUCCUCUUGGCACGCGAGGGCCCGAGUGCGCCUCGCCACGUAUUCGGGGACUUGAUGGAGAGGACCACCGCCGACGACAGGCAGCAGGUUCAGACCGCAGUUGAUCGUGCAAUUAAGCAAUUCAAGAUCUUGAAGCAGCAGCACACCGGCACGCAGGAUACCCCGCCGUCUAUCUCCAAGGCAGAGUUCGAUACCGAGAAGAAUGAGCUGUCAGAGGACCUCAUCAAGCACCUCCACAAGAUACUUGACCACGCAAUCUAUGCCGAGGAAGCGCGUUGCCGACACCACGAACCAGACGAUAUCAUAAGUGAGUGCACUCCGAAAUUCGACCCCCGCGUGUUUGAUGUCGUGCUCAACAAGGACCCCGACCUCGACGGCCUCGAGAUCACUGAGAUCACCAAGCACCCCCUGUGCCGUCCGCCAGACAAGUUUGGGCUUCGCAAGUACGUCGAGUGCACGGUUCGCUUCUCUCCAGUCGACCUCGGGUAUCCUGCGAGUCGGAUGAGGGCGUAUACUUGGUGGUACUUGGACAGGGUCGUUACCCCGCUCGUGCAGCCCUUCACCAUGAAGUCCACGUUCGAGGAUCUAUUCUUCAACAACUGCAUCAGCGACGCCAGCAUCUUCAUGAUUGGCGCGACCCGCGAGGUCAUGGCCACUCACAAGGCAGCUUGGGCUGGACAGCGCGGCGAG